AUGCCCAAGUGCAACAGGGAGGUGCACUUCGAGGAGCUGGUGGCCUUGCUGGGCAAAGACUGGCAUCGGACCUGCUCCUCCUGGGCCUCCAGGGUCCAUGCUGAGUUUGAAGGCAAGACCUGCUCCAGCCAUCCCUGGUACUCGGCCACGUUUGGGCCCAAAGGCUUCAGACGCGGUGGAGCAGAAAGCUCCACUUUCAGGUAG